AUCUCAAAUGAGACCGGGUAAGUGUUAAAGACAGACCUGUCAGUGCUGAUGGAGGAAAGGAGAUGUGCCGUGAAAUAACACUGUCUACCUGUGAAUCAUAGACUGCCUGCUGAAAUUGGCAAAAGCUUUUCAUCACGAUUUUACACUCCUCCCUCACAAUUCACCAGUGUAGUGAUAUUGUGUUAUUACAGAAUUCCGCACUCUGUACUAUCCACUGAGAAUCAAUCUUUACUCGCUGUCCUAUUUAGCUGAGUGUGUCUUGCUUCAUGAAGGCUUCCUUACAACCAAGAGAAAUGAGAGAGUAGGGUGAAGAGAUUAAAUCGUGAGGGUGAGAAGGUAGAGGAGUGAAAGAUGGAGAGAGUAUUACAGUAAGAGAGUGAGAGUGAAGGAAUGAGAAUUAGGACGGAGAGAGAUGGAAUGAAGGGAUGAGAGAUUGAGGACAAAGAACCGAGGGAGUGAGGAUAAGGUAUUAAAGGAAAUAAUUGAGAGAGAGAGAGGGUGAGAUGGUGAGAGGUUGAGAUGGUGAGAGAGAGCGAGGGUGAGAUGGUGAGAGGUUGAGAUGGUGAGAUAGAGAGAGGGUGAGGGAUUGAAAGAUUGAUGAGAGGAACGAGGAAGAGGGUGAAAGGAUGAGUGAAUGUUCAGUGAUGUUGAAAUAGGUGUGUUUUAGGUGCACCAAGUCCAAACACCUGUAUGCUGUACUAAUUAUAAUUGUGCCUACAUGUUAUGCUCUCGCUCCUUUUCCUGUUAAUCUCUCUAUUAAUCCCCACUGUGUAACCGCUGUCAACCUAUAAACUUAACCCAUUAUAUUUGUUGUUGUCUUACAGGAAGGGCCUUAUAUGGAACUUGUCAGACUUCUGAGUAAUUCUAAGUGGGAGGAGAGGUUUUGUUCAGGCACUUUUACAUCCUAUGUCUGAAUUAAACCCAUAUUAUGAUAAUCAGAUAUGAAUGAAAUUAAGAGUAAGAGGACUAUUCUUAGAGGUACUGAUUUUUGCUUCCAUAUGCUUUUAGGUGACACAUGUUUGCAAUGGAAGUAAUAACCCAGAGGAAUAUUGUGUGAGUUGAGUUGAAUGGGUGGAAAUCAACCUCUACCUCGUUACGCAACAACCCCAUUUAAUUAUGCCAGCUAAUUUGUGCCAUGCAGUGGUAUACAUGUUGAAAGUUAGACUCAGUGUUCUCAACUCAGAGUUGAGGCUGUCCAAGCAAAGCUCCAAGGUGCAAUUUAAGGGAAUCCCAGUCCCAGGUCUCUGCUUUUCCAGCAUCCUCUGCUUCCUUGUCACUUGAUGAGCUCAACCAAUCAGCAGUCUGGGUUCAGAUGCCUUCGAAGGCAUGACAACAGGGCUUGAGGUCACGGAGGCGGAAAGGUAGAAAAAAUUGGAGAACAGAUCAACUACAAGCUCACACACACACACAACGGUUCUUCAAUCAAUCAAAUUUGAUGUGUAUAUUUAUUUUUGCAAAUAAUCUGAGCCUAUAGAUUCCCAACAAGCAAGCAGAGGCAACAGUGGCAAGGAAAAACCUCCAGAGGCACCAGGCUCAAGAGAGGGAGUCCAUCCUCUUCUGGUUUGCCGGGCAAGGGGUUCUUACAAGCACAUUGGCCAAGUUUCAAACAGACAGAAAGGGUGGACUUCAACCUUGAGCUCCUGGUAUUCAGGAUCUUCAUCUCCAUUGUGGGCAUUGUGGGUAACGUAGUCCCGGUCCUGUCUUUGAUAUAGAACCAGAUCUCCCAUCUGAAAACCUUUUGAGGUGUUUCUCCUGAGCCUUGCUGCCUCCAACCUGGAAGAACUCCUUAUCGUGAACAUCUACAACGUCAUCAUGCUCCGUGUCCGUCCUCACUUCCUGGUCCUGCCGGACGCUCAAGUUCCUCAUGGUGAGAGUACAGUGCAUGUAGCAGCGGAUGGCUAAAGUGCUACUGACUGCCCAAGACCUAGAAGUACUGUCAUCCUGGAUCUAGAAAUUGCUUUUCUGACUGAGUGGUAGGCCAUUGACAGUGCUUCUUGUUGUGUUACAGUGUGGAGGGUUAUAUGAGUUCGUGCCCUGUUCAGGCAGAAUUUACACAGUCUCAUACUCUCCAAAUGUACUUAUAAAUCAUUCCUGUUAGAAACAAGUUGACAGCAGCUGAGAUAAUUUUAUAAUGUGAUAAUGUAUGGAACUAUUUGUUUGGAAUGUAGGUGUUCGGUGAAAUCGGCAGCAUCCUCUUCACAUUUCUCAUCAGCAUCUUCCGGUACCAGAAGCGCCGAGAUGCUGAGAAGAAGGGCAACUUGCCCGUCUUUCUGGACAACAUCUGGUUGGCCUGGGCUGUAAGUGGGCUGUGUGUGAUGCUAGCCAUGCUCCUGGGAACUCCUACCUAUCUCAUGAAUCUGGACGGUCAUAUGGAUAACUAUACGCAUGACGGAGGCUGCCCUCCAGACUUCUUCCAGUGUCCCAAGGAGAACUGCCUGACCAUUAACCUGGUCUACAAGUAUAUUUUCAUUCUGCUCUGCAACCUGCUGCCUCUAUUCAUCGUCACCAUCACCAGCUGUCUCAUUGUAAAGGUCUGUAACCACCUUGGAGUCGGUAGAGGUUGCCCCUAACCACAUCCCUCUAAUAGUUAAUAAGGUCAGUUUUGAGGGUAGAGUGAUCUGAUUCUAGAUCUGUGGAUAGGGGCAAUGCUCUGUCAGUGACCACUUGUUUGCUAAGGGGUGUCAAGUUGACAGACACAUUGUCUUGGUAAGUGUUUGUCUCCCCUCAUUAUGUAUAGAAGUUUACUGAAUGACUCAAAUGUAAAAUGUUGGUGCACCAGGUGCUGUUGGGGCAGAGAAGGGUGGUGGUUCCAGCGCUGAGUGCAGCAGAGGAGCUAGUGGAGCAGCCUCCCAGGAAGAAGGGCCUCUGCCUGGGCAUCAAUAGGAACACAGUGGGCAUCCUGGAUGCCAUGGGGCUGUUCCAGGUGGAAUGGAUCCUCUACCUGGUCCUCCACCUGGCCUUCAGCCCCUACGACUUCCCCUUUUGGACCGAGGGGGAGUUCUUCAUCACAACGUCCUAUACCACAAUCAGCCCUUAUGUGUAUGGGAUAGGGAGUAACCCGUUUCCUGUGGAACACUUUAAGAAGUAA